AUGUCAGUGUCCAAAGAUUUAUCAAGCAAGAUUAGCAGCGAUCGUAUAAAAUUGUAGGACCAGAUCAUCGGAUAAUUUGAUGAAGAUUUAUAAUUAAAGAUAUUUUGUGAAAAGCACGAUAACCAACUUGUGACAGAAAUAUGUUGCAAUCCCAACUGCGAUCGAUAGGAUUAAUUAUUUUGUUAAGUAUGCAUACAAAAGGACAUGCGUCAUAAGGACGAAUGCUCAAAAUUCAUCCAACCUAUUGAGGUAGGCAUUUAAAUGAUUGCAAAAAGAUUUUAAGUGGUUUGUCCUGAAAACAACUAAGAGGUGUUCAGAGAAAAUUUCGACUAGUUGACUUUUAGCGAAAAGUAAAAUAUACAAGAAUUUGAAAAAUUCAUAUAGCUAUAAAAGUCAAAAAUUGAGAAGGACAUAUAGACUAUAGUCGAAACCUUCUAGCAGUAGAUGGAGGGAAUAAAGGCAGAUUUGAAUAGAAAAAUGGAUGAGCAACUUAAAAUUUACAAGAAAAACUACUCCCAUUUUAAGAGUUAGCUAGAUGCAGGUAAUGGUGCUGAAUAUAAAAUACUUCGCGAAUGCUCAGAAUAUAAAAAUUUGUACAAGAGACUUAAUAACAGCAACGAAGAAGAAGCUAUUCAUUUUUUGAAAGAAAUCAAUAAGAUGUUGAAAAAAUAUACUGUAGAAGAUAAAGCAACGGAAUAUAAUAUGAAUUCAAUACAUGAUUUGUCAAUAUUGUUGACCGAUCAAACAACUAAUCCACCCACAUAUUAAUCCCAUAAUUUUGAAGUUUUUUCACUGAGCAGCAUCAAACUGCAGAUAGAGCUUUUAAGCAACAAAAUUAUUGAAAGCAUAGAAUAAAAUCUUCUAAAUACUCCCUUAGAAAAAUUUUUAUUUGAAGAUUUAUAGUAGUAAUAGAGUAUAACUUAAAGUACUAAUAUUACUGAUCCUAAUUCUAACAGAUAUACAAGGAAUGUGACUUCUAGAUUUACAGUAAACCCAAGAAUGCCUGAAUUUCAGUUCUUUGAAGAUCAAGAUUAAUUAAAUUCUAGCGAUAUUUUCUUAAAGAAUGAACUUUAGUAUAAAAGUAAGCAUCAAAAUCUAAGCAUGAGUAAGAAUCAAAAUGAUAAUUCUCCUUUAAUAGGAGAUAUUAGAAUUAACAGUAAAGACUGGCCUAACUCACCGUUGAAAAAAGAAAGAUCGAAAACAUAUAUAAUAGACUAAAGCUUUUCAGAAAGUAUUGAGAAGCAAUAAAUUGCAUUUUCACAUGAAAAAAAAAACUGCUUAAUUAGAUAAGAAUAAAAGAACUUCUUUUUAGAAAGAAGCUAAUCAACCAAAUCUCUGCAAAUAAACGAAAAUGUAUGUGUCACUUCUCUUGCUGUAUUAGCAGAGAACAUAGUUGCUAUUGGAUUGACAAAUAACUACAUAUAAAUUUAUCUAAUGGAAGCAAAUAAACUAUUGCAAGAAAUAGAAUGCAAAAACUGGAUUUAUUCCCUUUCUACACUCAAGCUCUUUAAGGAUACUUCUGUAUUUAAGAGUGUAGCAGAACAAAUACUUGAAAAUCCAGAAAGAAAAAUGAGUGAAUAUGGCUUUAGACUUCUAGGAGGUAGUGAAAAUUCAGUUAAGAUUUGGGAUACUAAUUUUAUUAGAAACUAAAAAAUAUAUCCAAUCAUGGAAUUUAGAAAAGAAGGAUUCUUUAGAGGAAUGUCUCUAUUAGAUCUUCAAGACAACAAUAAUUUGUGUUGUGGUGAUUGGGAUGGAAGAAUUUUUAUUUGGGAUUACGUACAAGAUAACCUCUUAUUUAAGCUUGAUACUCAAGGAUAGAUUGUUCAUCGUCUUUCUUUAAUUAAAAAGCAAGAAAUGUUUAUUUCUGCUCAUAGAAUGGACUACAACUAAGGUGGUAUUAUCUUAUGGAAACUAGAUUAUGAUUAAGAGUAGCAGAGUGAUGAAAUAUCCACUGGAUUUGGGUAUUUCAAUAAUAUUUAAUAGUCUCAAAAAAUACCAUUUAACUAGUAUGAGGAAGCUGAAAGCGCUUAAGCAAAUAAUACAAAUCCUCAUAUUAAUUUAGGGUAUGAUAAACCAUAAAUGAUUUAGACUGUAAGUUAAUUAUAAGAUAAAGAUGCUUCUACCAAAGUUGGUAAAGAAGUUUUAUCUCCUACUAAGAACAAGUUAAUUAGAUGCACACAGAUCAAACGUCUUGAGGAGGCAAACAGUGUUAAUUGCUUUGUGUCGCUUAAGACUAAUCCUGAUUAUAUUGUUACCAGUGAGCGUAAUCAUAUAAAGUUGUGGGAUAUAAAAGAAAAGAAACUCAUUAAAACUUUGUACAAAGGAGAAUCUAAAGCAAAGGAUAUCCUUUUGAUUGAAAACUCUAGCAGUGGAAGCAACUAUUUCGUUACAUUGUUUGCCAACAAUUCUGUGAUGAAAAUGAUAGACUCUAAUGAAUUCCUUGUUGGAUAAUAUUAAUUAGAAGAUUAUCCAUGCGAUUAAUGUAGAAAAUAUUUUCAUAGUUCUAAAAUGUCCUUCUUAGAAGCUCAAGAUGGAUAGCUAUAUGUUAUAGUUGUGAGACACAAGCACAUAUGUGCUCAUUUUAGUGAGUACAUGUCAUAGCAAUAGUAUUCCUAAAUUGAGAAAUAGUCAUCUAUUCAAAUUCAGCAGACCAUUAAAUCUCAAAAUGAUCAAAUCAAAAAUUUCUAAAAAUGCACACUUUUCACUCGUCUUUCGCUGCAAGGGUUGAAACUCCAAGUUGCAAAGCACUCCAAAAAUAACUUUUGA